AUGCGGGCCGAUCUCGCCCAUCGGCACAACAUGAUCAACCGCUUCACGGACGGCCGUGUUCUCCAUGGAGAGCCUAUACUGCCAUCGCCGGACUUUGAUCUGGGAGACACGACGGCAGAGACAAAACUCCAGGCUAAGGUUAUCUCCGGGGACAUCUUUGAUGCUGGAUCCAAGGUGACAGAUGAGGUUGCGACUGUCCAACAGCUCCUUGGGCCGUUAACGAAGGAUGAUGUUCCCAUCCUACGCUGUGUCGGGUUGAAUUAUCUCACGCACAUUCGUGAAACUGGCCGGUCGCCACCGCCGACGCCGUCUAUCUUCUUCAAGCCAAACACCACGGUAGCAGACCAUGGCAGCGACGUGUUGAUCCCCAAACUCGCCCAGGAUGAGCAAGCAGACUAUGAAGGCGAGCUGUGCAUCGUCAUCGGCAAGGAUGCCAAAAACGUCAGCGAGGAAGACGCGUUAAACUACAUCGCCGCAUAUACCGUAGGGAACGAUGUCUCGUCGCGGAAGCUCCAGAUCGAUCGCGCCAUUGCCGGGCCUGUCCCCCAGUGGGGAUUCUCCAAAGGCUUCGACACCUACGCUCCAAUGGGCCCCUGUCUCGUGCGGGCAGACAUCAUUGGGGAUCCCGCACGACUCCAGUUGCAGACUUUUAUCGACGGAGAGCAGCGACAGAACAUCGAGGUUUCCGACCUGAUAUUUGGCUGUGCGGCACUCGUAUCCUACCUGUCCACGGGCACGACUUUGCAAAAGGGCAGUGUGAUUAUGACCGGCACUCCGGGAGGUGUCGGCAACGGCCUGAAGCCUCCCCAGUUCUUGAAGCCAGGAACUCGUAUGGAAGUCAAGGUGACGGACAUUGGCACAUUGAGGAACGGGGUGAAGUUCGAGUAG